AUGAUCAAACUCGUCAUCUUUAUUACAUUCAUAUGCUUUGGUCUUGCCGCACCUCGUGAACAUUCCGAUAAAGAACAGCACAAGGAUGGUGGCGAUCAUUUUGCAUCGAAUGGUAAUGUCAAACGAUUGGCAUCAAGAAUAUAUGCCAAUAGUAAUUCGACUCAAUCGUUUCUUACCCAAGCUCGAGCACACGUUGCACAACUGAACUCGAAUCCAUCAUUUGCACAAGUUCGUCCAAACAAAACACAAGAAAUGGCUUACAUAGAAAGUGAUGACAAAGCAGCACUUCUCUCAUCGAAUCGUACACAAUAUUUCAAUGGUCUUGCAGUUGCACGAAAUGCUGAUAAGAAAAUGCAACGUCAACAACAAAAAGAUCAGACCACUGGUGCUCCUCUCUUCCAAAAAAUCGUUUCAAGUCUUUUUGGUAGUAAGGAUCGCAGCAGUGACGAUGACUAA